UUGAUUGCUAUGACAUUCAGCUUUACUUGUAAGGCACUAGGUGGAGUCCUUAUGAAAAGUUCCCUCACCCAAAUAGAAAGAAGAUUUGAAAUAUCCUCUUCUCUAUCUGGUAUAAUUGAUGGAGGCUUUGAAAUUGGAAAUUUGUUUGUUAUUGUAUUUGUAAGUUACUUUGGAUCAAAAUUACACAGACCAAAGCUGAUUGGAAUUGGUUCUGUAAUUAUGGGAGCUGGAGGUAUUUUGACUGCAUUACCACAUUUCUUCAUGGGAUAUUACAGGUAUUCUACAGAAACUAAUAAUGAUGCAGAAGAAGAUUCAAUAGCAACCUGUUCAGUUAAUCAAACUUUAUCAUUCACUAGAACCCCACCUGAGAUAGUGGAAAAAGGUUGUGAAAGGGCAUCUGAGUCGUAUUACUGGAUAUAUGUCCUAAUGGGUAAUAUGCUUCGUGGAAUAGGGGAAACACCCAUAGUGCCAUUAGGGAUGUCCUACAUUGAUGACUUUGCUAAAGAGGGAAAUUCUUCUGUUUACAUAGGUACUUUGCAUGCAAUAGCAAUGAUUGGUCCAAUCAUUGGCUUCUUAUUGGUGUCUGUGUUUGCUAAAAUGUAUGUGGACAUUGGAUUUGUAGACUUGAGCACUAUUAGAAUAACUCCUACUGACUCUCGUUGGGUUGGUGCUUGGUGGCUCAGUUUUCUUGUGUCUGGACUAUUAUCCAUUCUAUCUUCCAUACCAUUCUUUUUCCUACCCAAAAACCCAAACAUACCACAGAAAGAAAGGAAAAUUUCAAUAUCUUCACACACACUCAAAACAAAUAAAGAAAACCAUCAAACAGAUAAUUUGGCAAGCCAUGGGCAACGUGGAACCAUACAGAUGUCAGGCUUUCUAACAUCCAUGAAAAGCAUCCUUACCAAUCACAUCUUUAUCAUAUACUUGUGUUUGACAUUGCUACAUUUCAGCAGCUUCAUUGGUACCUUUACUUACAUCUUCAAAUACAUUGAGCAACAGUAUGGUCAGUCAGCAUCAGAAGCUAACUUUUUGUUGGGAAUGAUAACUGUACCUACUAUGGCAAUUGGAAUGUUUUUAGGAGGCUAUAUCAUUAAAAAGCUCAAAUUGACCGUGAUUGGAAUUGGCAAAUUUUCAUUUUUAACUUCUUCCGUGUCCCUUUUACUUUACGUAUCAUACUACGCUCUAAUCUGUGAAAACAAGUCAAUUGCUGGCCUAACCAUGACCUACGAUGGAGUUAAUCAAGUGACAUCUCAUAUAGAUGUCCCACUUUCUUAUUGCAACUCAGACUGCAACUGUGACAAGAGUCAGUGGGAGCCAGUGUGUGGGGACAAUGGAAUAACUUAUCUAUCGCCAUGUCUAGCAGGAUGCAAAUCUUCAGGUGGCUAUCAAAAUCCUAAUAACACAGUGUUUUAUAACUGUAGUUGUGUUGAAGCAUCUGGUUUCCAGAGCAGAAACUACUCAGUCCAUUUGGGUGAAUGCCCAAGAGAUGAUGAUUGUAAAAGAAAAUACUACAUUUACAUAGCUGUUCAAGUCUUACAGUCCUUUUGCACUUCAAUAGGAAGUUCCUCAUUUAUCAUGCUGCUUAUGAAAAAUGUCCAACCUGAAUUGAAAUCACUUGCAAUGGGUUUCCAUGCACUGAUUAUACGAGCACUAGGAGGAAUUCUAGCACCAAUAUAUUUUGGGGCCCUGAUUGAUAAAACAUGCAUAAAGUGGUCUGUCACCAACUGUGGUGCACGAGGGACAUGUAGAACGUAUAAUUCCACGUUAUUUGGAAAUAUCUACUUGGGCUUAUCCUCAUCCUUAAGAUUUUUAGCACUUAUUUUUUAUGUUAUCUUAAUUUAUGCCAUGAAGAAAAAAUAUGAAGGAAAAGAUACCAAAGCAAUGGAAAAUGGAGGAAAAGUCACAGAUGAAGCCAAGUUAGAAUCCUUAAGUAACAAUGGGCAUUUAGUCAAUGAAACACGUAUUUAA